GACGCGAUCAUUGAACUUGAUUUUCUGUUUCUUUUCCUAGGAUCAAAAAAUCUCACAAGUUUAUAAAAAUAAAUAUGAAGAAAGGCCUAAUUAUCAUUGGUACAGUCGGUGUAACUAGUAAAAAUUUUGACCCGGUUUUGAGUUUGCGUUAUAUUGUCUAUUCAUUGCCUAUCCGAUGCCGUUAGCUUAGCCUAAAAAGAUAGUUGUUUCUUGAAAGCCUGUGUCGGCCACUUUUAUUAAAAGUGGAGGAAAUGUGGGAAAAUAUUGAAUAUUUUUUAAGUGCAUUUUUUUAAGACGAACAUUAUUGAUUCGGCCCAAAGGCUUGGCCCGGCUAAUAUACGGACUAUACAUGGUUUAUAGGGAUCUUACGUGGUUUCUAUUGGUUCACUGACUCAUAAAAGACAUAGGGACACAUUUUUUAUUGGAAUUUUCCAAAUGACUGAACAUUUACAUACGCGUCUACAAUUUUUGAGAAAAGGUCAUCUGAGCGUUGAAGUGAUAUUGUUAUGAAUUACUAUGAAAGUUACGAUUUAUAGGUGUGUACGGUGGUUAGUGAAAUGUUGUCGUUUUUUAAAAUGCGAACUAUGAAAUUAUUAAAAAGAAUCUGAGAAGACUGCAAGUAUUAUCGAUUUUUUUUUUUUCGUUUUCGAGUCAUUUUCAAUGUGUUUUUUAAAAAUACCUUUAAAAUUCAUGUUGUAAAAACAAAUAAAUAACGUAACAAUUGUUUGUUUGCAAAACAUAACCAAGAAAAUCGUGAAAAUGUUACCUCAACAAUAUUGUUUGCGAUGGAGAUACCAUCAUUCGAAUCUACAAACAAUGUUUUCUCAACUUUUGGAACGCGAAGCAUUCUGUGAUGUUACUUUAGCAUGUGAAGGGAGAACAAUAAAAGCCCACAAAAUUGUUUUAUCAGCUUGUAGUACAUAUUUUGAAACCAUCUUAUCCCAGUAUGAAGAAAAGGACCCAAUACUUAUCAUGAAAGAUGUAAAAUACAUAGAUAUUAAAUGUUUAGUAGAAUUUAUGUAUAAAGGAGAGAUCAAUGUUGAACAUUGUCAUCUCGCUACGUUAUUGAAAACUGCAGAAGAACUUAAGAUAAAAGGUUUAGCAGAAGUUUCGUGGAGAGAUGAAGAACAACCAAAUAAUAAUGAGACCAAUUCCAAUGGUGUACAAACAGCAAUACCCCAAGUACAGACUGUCAUGCCCAACAGCCCUACCCCUUCGACAAAAAGAAAAAGAGGACGACCGCCCAUUGAUGACUACGACCAAACAUUCACCACCCCAAAAAUUGCCACAGUAUCAGGAGGUAUAAAUCAAGAAGAUGCCUACUCGAAUGAUGCGAUGUCUAGCAGCGAACAUGACUUAAACAUAUGGGACGAAGAUCAAUCAGCAAAUGAAGGAGCAGACAAUACCGAAAUAGAUGACCCUCCAGUUAAAGUUAAGAAAGAGUCACAUGACUAUGAUGACAUCGGAGUGGAUGAACAAAGUAACGCAUCCGUGAACGAGUCAAAAGAAAAAUUAAACAUAAGUCUCCAGUUGAAAACUUCCAACACAAAUUCCAAUGUUACGACAUCUGGAAACGCAUCAUUCCUUACCCCCGCUUUAGAAAAAGAAUGGCCUGACGUUAUCAAAAUGAACGACUACUUGAACACGGGUAGGCGACAACAGUUUUGGGAAGAACCGUUUACAAAGCGAGUAAUGGACGCCAUUAAAACAAAAAAUCUCGAGAUGAAAGUUGCAGCUGAACUGUUAGGUGUAUCAUAUGGAACGCUGUAUGGACGGUAUAGAGAUUCAUACGGUUGUUUAAAACAUCCUUACAGGGUACGUGACUUUUGGACAGAGCAGGGAUUCACGGACAUCAUACUGAAGCUGAAACGUAAAGAAGUUACGUUGUUCCGUGCGGCGGAGCAAUUGAACGUGACUCCACAGACUCUUUCCAAUUAUUUAAUAUCCAUGUCGCAGAUGGAUACGGCGGAUGCGAAUUCGAGUCGGCAGUCUAACGCGGGAGAGUCGUAUGAAGACUCAGACGACGACGCCGAUUCGAUUUUGCCGGAUGGUCCUUCCAAUAAUUCGCAUUUGUUUAAGAAUUUGGUAUCGGGCAGUGCAACUGGUGCAAAUUGUCCAGAUAUCACCAUCGUGAAGAAAGAAAGAAACGACGAUAGCAAAAUCAACAAUAACUCAGAUCAUUCCGAUAGCAGCAGCGAUCAAGUCAAAUGAGAACAAGUCUCGUUUGUCGCUUAAUAAAAAUUUCCACUUAUUAGUAUUUUGUAAAGACCAAAGUAAUUUUGUACUGUAUUUAGUUGUAUAGUUAGAAGGCUUCGUGGGAAAACAGCAUAACACAAAUUGGCGCAGUCAGCAGGAUUGUGUACCACUCAGUGAUGCAUGUUGUAUAAUUCAGUGAUGUAUGAUGUGACUAGUAAUAUUUUUUUAUAUGAAAUUUUUUAUAUAAAUUAAGUUCAGUGAUAAACAAAAUGCUCUCUCUUAGAAAUUUUAUUGAUUCCUUAAAUUUUAUCACCUCAUGACCAGUGAUUGUACGUAAUACGAAAAUAUUGAGUAAUAAUUCAAUGUCUUAUUCCAUACAUUAUUUCUUUAGUUUUAACGGUACCUUUUGCAUGAUCCAGUUUCAUAUCAAUUCGGAAAUUCUUGGCAUAACAUUAGAAUGUUGCUUUCGUUUGCAGUUUUUAAUUUUUUUGUUCUAUAUUUUAGAAUUUAAUAAAAAUUUAAUUUUUAUUAAGAAAAGUAUUAUAAAUUUUAAUGAGUUGUAAGUAAAGUACGUCUAGAAAGAAUGGACAUUAAAAAAUAUUGAUAAAAAUCACUUACUAAUACAUAUGCUAGACUUCUCGAACAUUAUUUUCAUAUGUUCAGUUGAAGUUGUUUUACUGCAUGUGUCACUAUUUUGAUUAUUUUCUAAUACCUUGAAUCGAAUUUUAACAAACAUGAUCCACAAAACUUACAAUCAAAGUAAAAUGGAACAUAGUUGCAUAGUUGCAAAAGUUGCAUUUGACCCACAAUUUUGUUGGAAAAAAGUUAGUCAUACAUUUUUAUUGAUAUAGUUGACAUUCCCCCGCUGUACAUAUUUUUUGCGUUGAGCUGUUUUGCCAUCAGGCCGAUUUAGAAGGAAGUGUCUCUUCAGCUGAAUACGAAAUAUAAAAUUGAAGUAGUGAUAUGGUGAAUACCAAAAUAAUUUUUGUAAAUUACGAAAUUGCGCAGCUGCGUUAGAGGGAUCAAUCAAUUUCGCUCGUCUUGUUUCCAUUAUCGGCCAUUCCAUUCUUACAGGUGUGAUAUUUCGAUGAUAACCUUAAAAAAAUUAGAUGUGCCAAGUAUAAAGAUUAUUUCCGUAAUUAUUAAUACACCACAUAUGUUUAAAUAAUUACGAAAAAUCAGAAAUCAUUUAUUUGUACCGUAUGUGACGGGUGUGGCACCUUAUAAUAUUGAUAAUUAGCAAUUGAAGACAAAUAUUAUUUAUUUCAGUUAAAAGUUUUUGAUUACACAUCGAAUAAUACAUAUAUGUAUUCUAAUAAAAUUUUGUAACCUACAAUAAAUAAUUGUGUUCUACUAUCUACGUGGAAUGGCCGAUAUCUUUAUCUGAUACGUACUUGAACCAAUGCGGUGUAUUGUAUACACAUACCUUGUUUGAUUUAUGUAGAUUUCACCCCGUAAGAUCUUUGAUAGCUUUAUAUUAUAUUAUAGUAUUCAGUUUCCAAAACUUAUCGUGAUUUGAUGCUAGUUAUAUAGUAUAAGUGAAGCAUUCAGUAUAUGCGUUAUUUAGAAAUGUGAUUUGGAAAGCACUGUGGGGAUUACAUGAAAUUAUUUAUCUGUAUAUUAUUAAAGCACCGAAGAAAUUGAAUAUUAAAAAAAAUCCGGACUCUUCACGUAUUCAUAGCUAUAAGUAUACACAGUGGAUGAUCCAUUUAUUAAACUUAUUUGGUAAUAUAGAACUUUUUGUUUAACUUUUUACUUUAAGAAAAUAUAUUUAUAUUCUUGUUUAUAUUUUAUUACGCCACAAAACUUACAAAUAGUAGUGUCACUUUAUAUAGUCUGUUUUAGACUAUACUAUAAAAUGAUAUAAGAAAAUGGUAUACCAAGUUUUGUCACAAUGUAAAACAGAAAACAAAAUCUAUUAACAAAAAAUGUUCUACAAAUUAGAGCAUGUCCUAUUUGAUACCAAUUAUUAGUACACACGCAUGCGCAGUUAGAUUAUUUUCGUUAUACUGUCACAUUGGUUUUUUAAGGUUAAGCAGUAGAUACUUAGGGCCGGUACUUUAUGUCCCGGUUAAACCUCGGUUAGCUAACCGGGGUUUAAUCGGGACAGAAAAGUACCUCAUAGGGCCUCUUGUGUUGUAAUAAAAGCAAUUAUAAUUAUUAUUAUAAUUAUUUAUGAAUAUAAUAAUAAGUAUAAUUGCGUUUAUGUCUAUGUUAUGCAUAUAUUUCUGUCCCGAUUAAACCCCGGUUAACUAGCCGGCUGUUAACGGAGACAUAAAGUACCGGGCCUUAGAAUAUAAAAUAAACAGGAAGGAGUCUGCCAUAUAUCAACAACACCUUAAAUUUCUAGCGGAACCGGCCAUCUUGAACGUCUGUGGAUGACUCAUAAGUUUUUGUCAACGAGGUAGAAGGUGUUUGUGUAUUGGAUCAGCUGUGUGCAUAGGCGUACCAUCUGGUACAGCUCCUGUAUAUGCAAUCAAUUAACUGAAGUUAUUAGUAUAAUAAAAUGUUAUUUAACUGACUUUUCAACAAAAUAUUAUAUUAAUACGUAUUUUCUCUUGAUGUAUAGCUGUUUGUUUAACAUAAAAGAUGUAUUAAAAUCGUUAAGAAUUUCUUUUCUUCCCUCUUUCAAAGUACGUCACUGGAGAUAGAAAGCAAAUCUGACAGCUGAUCGCCAUUUGCAACCUCCUUCCUGGCUCGAAGUCAUUUCGCAUUGUACUCUUCCCUGGUUUAUUUUGUAUUCUAAGAGUAGAUAAUAAUAGAGUUUUCUUAUCCAUCAUAUAAUAUAUCUUUGUAAUAUAAAAUUUCAAAUAUAAAACUAACUAGAUUAAAUGUUAAGGAAAAUGAGGUUAAAACAUUGUUAAAAAAAAGAAGAAGAACACUGAUGUUAACAGUAGAUGUACCACCAUACAAAUAUAAAAAUAGUAUAUUGUGCAACAAGUGCAGAAAGAUACUAAUUUCUCACGAGUUUAAAAAGUUGCGGUACGAGCGCAAGCGAGUGCCGCAAUUCAAACGAGUGAGAAAUUAUCUUUCUGCACGUGUUUCACAGUAUACUUUUUCUACAAGCACAGUUUUUCCUAAAAAUAAAAAUCACAAUUUCCAAACGACGAUUAAUUAUAAUAGGUACCUAUGUGAUAUAUUUUAAACUGUAUUUAAUUAAUACCUACUAAUCAAUUUAAAUUUCUUAUACCUAAAUAAAUUACACAGAAAUCAGUUAAAAAAUUAAUGCACUGCCUUAAUUUGUUUAAAUUUAAACAAUUAUUACACAUUAUUGACAUUAUAUUUAUGCAGUCACGGAUUUACACAAAACCUACUUCAUUCGACGUCUCUUGCACAGGUUGCUAAAUCCUUAUUGGUUAUUUGAUAAUUAUAAAAUGUUUAAUAAGAAUAAAAUUGUAAAAUAAAACAGUUGUAACAUCCAUAAUUUAGUUUCUAUGCUAUAGUUAAAUAUAAUAAUUGUCUUAUAGGUUAUAUAUUUGUCUAAAGUUUAACCACGGAUGUAAACAGAAUAUAACGUUACUCAGAAUGCGGUAGUCCACGGAUGUAGACAGAAUAUAACAUUACUCAGAAUGAGGUAGUCAACUGUGGAGAAAAGAACUUUGCGGCACAGAAACGUCACUUUGCGGCACAGAAACGUCACUUUUCUGCACACUAAUGUCAAAUAUCUUAUACUGUGAGAAAAUAUCAAGUUUGCUAACAUAAAACCGUGCAGAAAAGUGCACUUUGAAUAGUGGUUGUAAAAAAAAGUACUUUUUUAUAUUUUUAAAGUACUUUUUUAUAUUUUUAUGGUGGUACAUCUACUGUUAACCUCAGUGUUCUUCUUCUUUUUCUUUUAAAGAAAUGUGCUUUAGUAAUGGAGUACUUUAGUUUAAAACUACUCUUUUAUUGGCCGACUGAAUUCAUCUACGAAUUCCAAUUCAAAAGCUGUAGAUUCAAUUUUGGAUUUUAUACUGGUGCAUUUGAAACAUUUCUUUAGCCGGUGUAUAGCUCGAAUUAGAAAUAUAUUAAACUACUCACGUCGAAGUGAGUGCGCUAGCCUACUGAGCCAUGUAGCCGAUACAUAUGACAUUCAUCAAGUUAUUUACCUUUUUAUAAUUAUAUCGGUAACAGAAGUACAAGGUUUUAGGUGGGGAGGAUAAUGCACCGACGCUAUUUUUAUAAUGAGACAAGUGCAAGAGAAAUCACUAGAAUACAACAAACCGGCAUAUUUAUGUUUCGUCGAUCUUAAGAAGGCAUUUGAUAGGGUAAAAUUAAAGGACGUUAUCCACUUAUUGUACGCAAUACCUCUGGGCUAAGCAGCGGAUUUCUGGCGACCGAUAGUUGAAAACUUCAAGCUCAUUUUUCUUGAUCAACUGAAUUAGAUAUAAGCCAUAUUUCAAUUAAAAUUAUAAUACAGCUGCACAAACUCACUGAAUGCAUAAAAUCUAAUAUCUCUUUGCGUGUCCCAUGAUCAUUUUAGAAAUAAAUAUUCGGCCGAGCUAUUCAUUUGAAAAGUACUCUAAGCACCCCGUUGAAAUACCUAACAUACAAAUCAUUCCUGCCGGCAGCAACACGAUGUUUCAAUUUCCUGUAUACUGAUAAGAAGCCUUUCUCUAAAAAUUUAAAAAUUAAUCAAAAAACAGCCGUUAGCUAUUAAAACAUAUUUAAGAAAAAUGGCACAAGCAUUAUGAAGAAAAUUAGUAUUUUUUAACUUUAAAAUCUUAAAUAGAAACCCCCAGUUUUUAUUGCUGAUUUGGAUUUAUUAUAAAAAAGUAAGCAACUUUUAUUUGAAAGAAUUUUUCGAAUUGAGGAUAGAUGGCGUUAUAAUCGGAAAAAAUGAUUUAUCGUGAUACCAUAGGUAAAUUAUUAUAGAAAUGGUCAUCUCGAAAAAUACACUUCUAGGUGUUUAUUAUUUUCCUAUCGAACGACACCAAACACGACCCCCCUCACCACACCCUGGAGGUGGGGUGGGGGUAACUCUAAAAUCUUAAAUAGAAACCCCUGUUUUUAUUGCAGUUUUGAAUUCUUCAUGAAAUAAUAAGUAACAUUUAUUCGAAACAUUUUUUAUAAUUGUUGAUAGAUGGCGCUAAUAAAUUGUAUUUUUCGUAUUACAGCGCCGUCUAUAAAUAAGUCUAAAAAAUGUUUCGAAUAAAUGUUACUUAUUUUUUCAUGAGGAAUCCAAAUCUGCAAUAAAAAAUUGCGGUUCCGAUUUAAGAUUUUAAAGUUACUACCCACCCCACCUAAAGGAGGUAGGGUGGGACGUUAUGUUUGGCGUUAUUCGAUAGGUUUUAGAAAAAUAAUAAAUGUUUAUUUUUGGGUUUUUCAUGUUGAAGUGGAUUUCUCAAGAUAUUAGACCGUUUGUAUAAUUUACCUACGGUAUCACGAUAAAUUGUUUUUUCGAUUAUAGCGCCAUCUAUCCACAAUUCGAAAAAAUGUCUCGAAUAAAAUUUGCUGACUUUUAAGUAGGGAAUACAAAUCUGCAAUAAAAACGGGGGGUUUAUUUAAGAUUUUAAAGUUACCCCCACCCCACCACCAGGGGAUAGACUGGGGGAUCGUGUUUGGUGUCGAUCGAUAAAUUUUUGAAAAUUAUUGAACACGUAUUUUUCAGUUUUUCGAUCCGAUGUUCAUUUCACGAGAUAUUCGACCGUUCCGCUACUUUUGGGACAGCCUGUAUAUAAUAUUUUGUUUAAUGAUAUGUCAUGAAGCUAAUGAAAUAAAAAUAAGUAUGUAAAUAUAAUUUUAAGGUUUAUUAAAAACACACGAAACAAAAAGUUCAGUUCUACCAAAUUAUUAAUAAUUUUCCUAUACAUUGUAUUUUUGAAAAUAUAUAAUUCCAGAAAAAAAAUUUUAUUAUAAUAAUUUUUUAUGCUCCAGAAAAAACUGAGUACCAGUUAUUUAAAACCAGAGGUGCCUUGCUUAUCUUUGUAGACGUUGGAAUUAGGGAAAUGCGUUUAUUGUCGUUCUGGAUUACUUGAUUCAUUGUAUAUACCUUUAUGCUAAUAUAUUUAUUAAUUUUACAUAGUUUGAUACUAGACGUACUUAAAUUGUAAUAUCCUAAGUAACUUAAGUACUUAUUUAUCCAUUUUACUUUUUUUGGAACUUCUCAAAAAUAAUAAAAUAAAAUUUGCACAGAUUUCUUCACAUUAUAUGUUAGCCGUACGAAAAUUCGGUAAAUAGCCGUCAAUAGUAUUCACAAAUGAUUGCCAAAAUAAAUUAUUUAUAACAAAAAUAAACCGUCCUGGGACUCGUUAUUUUGUAUAGAAAAUGUGCAUGAGAAGAUGGUUUAGUGAUCUAAAUAAAUAUGUCUUAAUCAAAAACAAAAUAUAUUUAACGUUCUCAAAUCCACAAUCCUGUUGUCCGGUAUAUUUGAUUAUCUGGCACGACUUUUGGGGUGUCAAGGCCCAGGCUACUAGGUACUGGACAAUUGGGCAAAAUGUAACAUAGCUUGUUCAAUUUAUAACUUGACACGUAUGUAACAUUUUUUAAAGUCUUUGUGCAAGUAGGACUUCUAAAGGAAUUUGAUUUAAUAUCAAAAUUUCUUAAAUAUUGUCAGUUAAUUCCCUUAUAUUUAGCAAUACAUCAAAGUGAAAAUUCACGAAAACGAAAAAUUUUAAAAAUCCCGAAAAAUAAGACUCGAGUUUACAAUUCAGAAUGAGUCACAACCAAAAAUAUUCUAAUAACAAAUUAAGCGAGAAUCCUCAAAUCUCUUAAAUACUAUAUAGUGAGAGAUAAAUAAGAAACGAUAUUAUAACACAGUAUGCGAAAUAUAGGAUACAAUGAGAUAAUCAACACAAGAAGAUUUAUGGAAAGAGCACGUUGAUUAAACACUCAAUGACACCCAAAAAAAUUACUGAAAUUGAACUAAACAUAUUGAAACUUUAAAAAGGGGGUAACACCUGUAGUUGGCUGUAUACCUUCAAUAUAACAACGUGGAAUGAAGUAAACACUUCUGUUGUAUGUAGGCAUAUGAAUUUAUUAAAAAAUCCUUAAAAUUUAUCCACAAGGGAGUGGAAGUACAAAACGUUUUCGGUCAAACUGACCA